UUUAUAAACAUUUAUUUUCUUUACGGUGUCAGACGAACUGUUACAUUAAAAGAACAACAAAUCCGACAUCAUGUCUGGACUAAAUCAAAUAGUAGAUCUCCUCAACAAUCCCAGUUAUUUGGUUUCGUGGUGAAGAAAUAAACCAAAAAGAAUUUGUUGAAUUUCAUGGAAAUGUCUCACUACUCAUAGUGACACUUGGUCCCAUGAACAAAUAAAGGGAAACCCCUCCACACCGGCCUGCUAUAUAUACAUGUUUAAGGUUAUGUAUUAACCAGUGUUCACUUGAGGUCAAUACUUAAAACGCGAUUCCCCGACAGAGGCCAUGAACAUCCUGAUUGGUGAGUAGUGAGGUUACGCUGCUGGAGGAACGCUACUCCUCAGUCACCUCCUCACUCUCAGAGAGGAGACAUGCGGAGGUGCAGCUGGAGGAGCAGAUAUCAGGUGGUGGUUAUAAUCCACAUUGGCUCAGAGGGUCCUGCUUUCUAUGUUUAACUGCUGGAGUUAGUUUUUGGGUCAGGUUUCACAUUUCACUGACUCCUCUCGCAACUCUGUAGCCUGGAGGGGGGCAUGUUGCUGCAGGCGAGCAGAGAGCCGGGCUUUGUUCCUCCUCUCUCUCACUCACACACAUACACACACACACCCACACACACAUUGUGCCGGGUACGCGCGGAUGGGCUUAUUCUGAUGCCAAAACGCUUCCUUGUUGUUUCCUGAUCGACCUGAUCUCCUCCUCUUGCAGCCAUCGCCUUCCGCUGCCUCGCCAUGGCCACGCUCGCCCGCAGCGCACCUCUACCGGGGGGGAGCGCACUUGUUGAGGGGCCGCAGUUCCAGAAGCUGGUGCAGCAGAGCUGCAGCCUGGCGCACAAGAUCCUGCUGUCCGUGCCCGACGCGCACAGGUCCUGCAUCCACACAGAGACUCUGCAGCUAAACUCCACAGACAAUGCCAAGCUUGAGAUUAUGGCAGCCAACAUCGGCAUCCUCCCGUCUCCUGUGCUCCGAGCUGUUUCAGAAAACUUCACUUUGAAUACCUGUUUGACCCGCAUGUCUGAGGGUCUUCAGCUGCACCGGGCCUUACUGAGCGCCGUUUCUGAAAGGCUGCAGAGCAAAAACAAAGUGACUGAGCUAAUGGCCGACCUCAGAGACCUCACCAUUCAGAUCAACAAGAUGUUGCAGAAAAAUGGAGCCGUGCAACCCUCGCCGACCCCGGUUACUUUACGUCUGCACGGGGAAUACGAGGUUCAGGUGGCGGCGCACCUGACUCUGGUGCAGCUCCAGUCGUUUGGGCGGGACGCCAUCCGCUGCCUCAGGAACCUGGACCAGAGCCACGAAGACGAGGCGGAGAGCUGACCAACGGGUGUCAGGCUCUAAAUGCCUUUGGCUUUUGUUCCAGAAGUACCUUAUCCUGGCAUUUUUUUGUCAUGGCGCUUUAUUUAUUUAUUAACUAAAAGAUAAUUUAUUUUUAAUAUUCUAUUUUUUAUUUUAAGCAAGAUGUGUAAAGGCGGUCACUCAUGCAAGACCAGGGCAGUGGAUGAAAUUAAGAGCAGAGAGAAAAGGAAGAUCAGCAGGAAGGAGCUGUGGGGAAUGGAAGCAAGGAUUAGCUUCCUGCUUAGAGCAAACUGUGACGUCCUUCCCUUCGCCAAGAUCCAUCCUGCCCACUAUGCUCGACUCCAGCUACCCUCAGGCCCAUCCUCACUGGUUGUAAAAUAAGCCUCUCCUUUAGGGUCGUAUACGUGGAGACACAACCAGGUACAAAAAUGACUUGCAGCAACAAUUGAAACUUGAUGGACAUGGGCCAGCAGCUUUCAGCCCCUUCAGAUAUUGUCACUACCACCCUGAGACCUGAUGCUCUGGUCCGACACACUGACAGUACACUAGGAGGAAGCUGUGGAUGAAGCAGAUGAGAAGAAAAGGCUGCGGUAUGAAGUCAUGCCAUUAGAGGCAGAGCAACAUGGCUGGAAAGCAAUAUUUAAGUAACACCCACCAUCAGGACGCUCAAAGUUCCGGGGAUACUGCACAUAUUCACCAUAUUGUCCUAUAUGUUAAAAUUAUAUAUGUAUUUAUUUAUAAAUGUGUAAUAUUUAGUAUUUAUUUGGGGGAUUCAUUUUGACAACAAAUCUUUGUUUUGCUCCGUUAUGUUUUAUCCUGCCGACUUCAACUAUUUAACGUAUGUUUGCACAAGAGCAUUGAAAAUUAAAUCACUAUCAAAUCUCAGACAAAAUCUAACAAUGUAUUUGAGUAGUCCAACAACUAUACUUACCCUUUCUCCUCAUAACAGAUUUUAAUAUCAGUAAUGUGUAAGAAAACAGUAAGUUAGACAUGUGUAUGGUCUUUAUCAUCUGUUAACACUCAUGUUGGGGAAUGUAGGCACGUUUUUGAAUCGUUAUAUGCUCUGUUGUAACCAUGUUUAAAUGACAAUUAUUUUGGAGUGAUACAUUUAAAAAAUGGUAUGUUCUGAUCUUUUCAAUAAAAAAAACUAAAAAGAAAACCUCCUGAAAAAUGAGUUGUUUCCUGAGACACAUCAUACACCAGCAACGAGUCAUCCUGGCGAAUUCUGCAUCAUCAAUGAAAUUAUUUAUAAAAUUCCAGUAAAGCUGUCACU